GCUUCGUUACUGUUGUAGCGGUCACAGCACUGAGCCGAAAAUCGCACUGUCAACGUCAGACAAACACCCCCCAAAAACUGAUUAUCAGACAGCUUAGAAAAACGUUAGAAAUAUGGACGACGACGUGUUGACAACUUUGAAAAUAUUGAUAAUUGGUGAGAGUGGUGUCGGCAAGUCAAGUCUUCUCCUGAGAUUCACAGACGAUACUUUUGACCCAGACCUGGCAGCAACCAUAGGUGUGGAUUUCAAAGUAAAAACAAUUGCAGUGGAUGGGAAUAGUGCCAAGCUUGCUAUUUGGGACACAGCAGGACAGGAGAGGUUCCGGACCCUGACGCCCAGCUACUACCGUGGUGCACAGGGAGUCAUACUGGUGUACGAUGUCACUAAACGGGACACGUUCACGAGGCUGGAAAACUGGCUGAACGAACUGGAGACGUACUGCACACGGAACGACCUCGUCAAAAUGCUGGUUGGGAACAAGAUUGAUAAGGAGGAAAACCGUGUAGUUGACCGAAACGAAGGCCUUAAGUUCGCAAGGAAACACUCCAUGCUUUUUAUUGAGGCCAGUGCUAAAACGCGGGAUGGUGUCCAGUGUGCCUUCGAGGAGCUGGUGGAGAAGAUUCUCCAGACUCCAGGGCUUUGGGAAAGCAACGCCCAGCCACGGGGUGUUCAGCUGGGGGACCAGGAGCAGCGCGGGGCUGGAGGCUGUGGAGGAUAUUGUUCCGUACUGUAAACCUGGAACCAACCCAAACGGCAUACUGGAAACCAGAACCUGAGAAGGAUAUUAAGAGUCCGUUAAUAUACUGUGUGUGUGUUUAUAUACUGAGUCACGGCAAAGGGUUCAUCUGCACUUUCCGAUGUCUCGGUACAAAGGGACUUUGCGGUUUGCACUCUUCCUGUACCGCCAGCCAGUUGUCACAGUGCGUCGUGUUGAGAACACAGUUGAUUUUCAUCAUGUGUAAAAUAUCACGCUUGAAGGAGGUACAUUUUGUUUUAUCAAGUUUGUUAACCACACCAAGUCACUUGUGCGUCUUGUCGAACACAUCAUGGUGAAACAGGGAAUGUCUUCUCUACACUAUAUUCAAUACCUUCUGCUACACGUUUAUGCAAUACAUUAUGAAUAGGAUCAUUGUGUCAUGUCAAAUGCCUACCAAGUUAUACCGCAAAUACCUUCGCUAUUUAUGUCGUUUUCUACUUGAUGAGUAGAUCUGCAUGCCUUAACUAUGGUUACCGUAGGACCAAUAGAUGAAGGUAGAGUCCUUCGAUGUGGGGUGGGGCUUCAGACCUUCCACGCACCUUCACUUUGUCCUAGCUAGUGUUUUGCAGGCCUAUUAACCCCCCCCCGCCCCAUAAGCACUUCGUAACAGCUGACAGGCGUUCAUCACCACGCAUUGUGCGCCUAGUCAUAGACAGACAUCCAUUUAACGUGGAAGAAGUGUGUACACUUCAAACGUAUCCCACUGGUUGACAACCAAUUGUCUUUUUUUUUUUUUUUAUCCCCUUCCAUUUUAUUUACUUGGUAAUUGCUCUAUUCCAAGCUGUUAAAUAUUUUAUAUUUUCUUCCACUUUUUAUUUCCUGAUGUGGGAACAUGCAUGCAAUGUUUUACGUCUUCGUAACCACAGUCCGUCCGUGUGGCGUUGUGAGCCUAGUGAUGUGCUUAUCCAUAGCUGUUACUGGCUCAAAUGUUGAAGGGGGGAAAAAGGUUAAGUUUAUUAUUAAAGCUAUUGCAAAAUAAAGUUGUUUUUCUCUUUAAAAAAAUACAAAUAAUCAACUUGGUUUCAUUCUGACCUCAAGCCCUUCAAUCAAGCCUUCUUAUUACAUAAUGGUCGUUAGUUCAAGCAUGCUUAUGGAUGUUCAGUGUAUCCCGUGGUCUGGAAAAGGGAUGCAAUUUACAUGGAUCGGCCCAACAGGUUUCUCUCAUGCCUGUCUUGUUAAAUGGUCCACUCUAAUGGUCCACUCUAACAUAUUACACACACAGUCAUGUCACGCCACACGUACAUGCAAAAACCCAUUGUCAAGACAGAUUUGAGUCUGUAUAUCUGUAGCAAGAUAUACAGUAUGUUUGUUGCAUGUUUUGCUAUUUUAAUUUUAAAUAACUAUCCUGUUUAUUUGUUGUAUCUUCAGUUUUUGUCUGACCUUUUUUUUUUAAAUUUAAGUGGGCUCGUUUUCCAUCCAUUAAUCACCUUAUAUCUAUCUAUACCAUAACAUUCAAAUGACACUUGUAAGUGGUGUUGUGCUCGGUCAUGACAGUUUGUAUAAUUUCAAACUGAAAUAAAAGACAAUGGGAAGAAGA